GGAUGAGGACGUUUUGGUACAAACCGUUGUGGACCAUUUGGAGGUUAAAAGGCUCUCCUUCAUACACGUCGUUGAGGUGUUUCAUGGCGAUGAUGAGGCACAGCUCCAGGAUGGACAGACCUCAGGUGGAUCUGACGAUGGGGAAAACCUCGACUUAACCCGCUUCUCCAGCAGCUCUAGGACAUCCUGCACAGCAAAGGAAAACACGAUUAAAGCAGCUGAGGGAAAAUAAGAGGAGCCUCCAGGAGGAAAGCCAGGUUCUCUGCGAAGCUUCCCUGAAAUGACACAAACUACAUGUCGGCGCAAUUUUGAAGUCCGGUUGCCCCCGGUACCUGAGGCAGCCACGGUUCCAUCUGCGUUACCACGGAACCAUGGGAGUACCACUACUGAGCUGCGUUUGGGAACCAAUAUGUUGAACGAACUCUACUCGUCCAACUGAGGGGCGGCAUUCUGGUUGACAAAGCACAUAUGGUCAAAAAAUAAAGGACUUUCCCGUGAAAGCACAGCACUCGGCGUCUCCCGAUCCCAUCCUCAGCUUUUCGGCAUCUUCUCGAGUCCGAUGGCUCCGAAGGACAAGAUGCAGUAAUGGAAGUCCACGCUCCAUUCAGCACUGUAGCCAUGAAGCAGCUCAAAGGGUAGGGUGUGCCGUGAGCUCGCCUCACCCUUCCCAAACACCCAACCAGACCGCCCACCCACCCGCCCGCCACUCCCGUCAGUUCGUCCCGUCGAAGCAUCGUCCUGCGGCCCUUUUACCCGUCUUCUGACCCCUCCUACCUCCUCCUCCUCCACUACCACCACGGCUUUGGAAGACGAACAUGACGCGCAUUGCGAAGACGCUGGUUGAUGUCUGAUAUAUAUCCCUCUGAGGUGUCAAGUGUAAAACCAGUGGAGCAAUGAAUGGCGGAAAGGACUGUGAGGCGGGAGAUGAGAGGCAGGCCGUCCCUGUCCAGGUCCCCAUCGGCUGGCAGCGCAAGGCGGAGCACGGCGGAGGAGUCGCAUAUAUAAGUCCCAGUGGCUCAGUGCUGUCCAGCUUGGAGCAGGUGAAGACCUACCUGCUGACAGAUGGAACCUGCAAAUGCGGCCUGGAGUGCCCACUCAUCCUCCACAAGGUGUUCAACUUCGACCCAGGGGCGGCUGUCAAGCAGAGGACAGCAGAGGAUGUGAAAGCAGAUGAAGAUGUCACCAAACUCUGCAUUCACAAGAGGAAGCUGCUGGCUGUGGCCACACUGCACAAGAGCAUGGAGACGCACCCACCUCUGACGCUGACCAGCCCAGGGGGAGGUACAUCGUCUGUAGGAACUGCGCAUUCCACGACUCAACGAGCAAUAAGGACUAAACCCCACGAUGGCAUGCCCAAUGCUGUUGGCCCAGACUGCAAGAAUCCUUUCAAGAUGAUGAUGGCAGCUGGGCAGCAACAGCAGCAGCAGCAGCAGCAGCAACGGCUGUAUCCACCCCAGGAGAUGGGUGGAGCACAGCAGCCAGAGCUCUACUCUGGGUACCAGAGGCAGCAGAGGGUGGGCAGUGGGGAGCCAGGCCCUAAAUCCCCUUACCGUGCUGGAUAUGGAGGCAUGUUGAGCCCACCUCCAUCCAGUGCGAAGCUGUAUGGAGAUGGCUCUCAGUCUCCCAGUGCAGACACUCUGGGCAGCCCCGAGGGCUUUCCUAGGACCAAUCCUUGUGGGUUUCCUGGAGGCAGCAGUCCUGGCUCAGCCUCCAUCCAUGGGAACACUAGGACACCUCUUUCCCCACCCAGUGUAAUGCUCCAUGGCUCCCCAGCAGGCCAGCCAUCCUGUGCAAUGACAGGGAGGACUAGCACGCCCCUAUCCCCAACGGCCACUGCCAAAAGCCCUGUCAUGAACAUGAACAUGCCGAGGGGGAACUUUCCCCCUGGUAUGGAUAUGCCCCGUGCUGCGUUCCACCACAAAGCCCAGCCCCCUGUGCAUCCCGUACCACCUCCUCCAUCUUGUGCCCUUCAGAAAAGGCAGUUGACUUCUGAAAAAGACCCCUUAGGUAUCCUGGACCCUAUCCCAAACAAACCUGUUAGCCAGCCCCCUGCCAAUGUCCCAAAUCCCUCCAACUUCCAGCCUAACAUCCACUCUCAGGUACCAGUGAUGAAUGUAAACAUACCCCCUCCCGCCAUUGUACCCUUGCCAAGCAACUUACCUUUACCCACAGUGAAACCGGGGCCUGUGGGACACGGUGGCCAUGUUCAAAGGACUCAACAAGCUGGUCCGGCCUCCUCCAUGUCCCCCUCCCCUGUCACUUCCCCUGUCCACAUGGCCGGACCUGCUCAUGGGAGGAUGGAGGCCUCCCCCCAUCGCUCUCGCUCGUCCUCCACUUCCUCUGACCAUGGGAACUUCGCAAUGCCCUCGGGGCACCAAGCUCCAUGUGGCACUAUGAAGGUCCCCCCUCGUUCCCCCAGGUCAGCUAUGGGCUCCCCCAGGCCUGCCAUGCCCUCCAGCCCUUCCACCAACAAAAAUGACCCACUCCACCAGUAUAAAGACUCGCAGCUUCUGUCCGGGAUGGGAAAUUCAAUUGGCUCCCAACAGCACAGCAACCCCAUGUAUUCCCCCACCUCUUCCUCCUCCUCAUCAUCCUCUUCUUUAGCCAACCCCAGCGCUUCCCAGAAGGGCCACCCAGGACUCUUGGGGAUGCCCCUCAACCAGAUCCUCAACCAACAGAAUGCCGCUUCCUUCCCCGCCAGCAGUCUCCUGUCAGCCGCAGCCAAAGCACAGCUAGCAAAUCAAAACAAACUCAAUGCUGCUGGCAGCAGCGCUGCUGGCAUGGCUGGUGGUGGUGUUGGGAUGGCAGGCAUGGGUACAGGUGGAGGAGGCAACGGAGGGGGCAGUGGGCACCCUGGCUCUAUAAGUGGCCCUCGAGGCAUGGAGGGACAUAGCACUUUAAACCCCAUGCUCCCACCAAACUCCACCAUGCUGCUCAACACUCCUGAGGGCCAAAGUGGUCGGGCGGCUCUGAGAGACAAGCUAAUGGCCCAGCAGAGGGACCCACUUCGCAAACGCAAACAGUCAUCAGGCAGCGCUGCAGUAAACCAUGACAACAGUAACAACAUGGUGUACAACAUGCUGAACAAACCAGGCAUGGGUGGACCCCACAUGCCUGGGCCUAGUGCCACUGAACAGCUGCGGAAAGUGGGGCGACUCGGAAACCUUCCCCCAAACACCUCGAUGGCUCAGCUUCUCCAGUCUAUGAGCUGCCAGAGCUCCCACAACCUGGCUGGGAACAGCCAUCGUCCAGGCCUCAGCCCCCAAGGAGCUGCUCAGCUUCACUACAACGAUGCCACGUCCAUGGUCCCUGGUGGCCCUCAGCAGAACCUCCUCGUGCAGCAGAGGCUGCGUGGUCCAGCAGAUGCCAUGCAGCACAUGGACUCUGGGGGCCACCUGGGGUCUCGCCAAGGCCAGUUCCCUGACAUGAUGACCCAAAUGCAGGCCUCAUCUAUGAGUAACUGUGGGCCAAUGGGGCCUGGAGGUGGACCAGUGGGCCCUGAUGGCAUGCCACUGGGACGCUCCAACACUAACCCCCCACCUCUGUCGCACCCUGGCCCCCAUCCUGCACAGCAGAACCUCCUUCAUGGUAUGGGAAGGACUAACAUGGGGGUGAUGCCACAUGGAGGCGGUGAUGGAAGCUGUACACAGACCAUCCCUGACCCAGGGAACCCCUCCUCCCUCGGCUGUAGUAUGGGUGGCAGGCAGCCUCACGCCAACACCAGUGGAGGUCAGAUGUACCAGCAGCAGGUCCAUCAGGGUAUGCAGCAGGGCGUGGCCCCCCACCCAGCCUACCAGGGCCAGCAGCACUUCUCUGAUAACCCAUCCUACUCAGACAACAACAGCGCCAACGCCAGCUCCAUGGCCUGCCUCUACCAGAACUACCAGCAGGGGAUGUUACAACAUCCGCAGUUUGGUGAUGGGCAGCAGCCCCAGGCUGAGGGGCCUCCUGCAGGUACCCCGUGCUCUGACAGAGGUCCUGGCGGCGGCCCAGAGGCCGUGGAUGCCAUCUACAGAGCCGUGGUAGAUGCUGCCAGCAAAGGUAUGCAUGUCACCAUAACGACCACAGUGAGCGGGACCACACAGGCGAGCCCCGUGCCUGCCCUCAGUGCCAUGAGUGCCUUCACUGCCUCCAUAGGGGAACCGGUCAACCUUCCCCAAGCGGUUAGUGCAGUCCUGCAUGGGCACCAGGAAGGGGAGGCGAUACCCCAGCAGGCCAGACCGAGGCAGGUGAGACGGGCUCACAAGAACAUGGAUCCAGGGAAGAGCACUCCAGACGGUCCUGAGGGCAAUGACUACUUCCGUUCCCCUGGCCGUGGGACACCCAGGGGGCAGUGGGACGGGGAGGCGCAGCAUGGGGCCGGCUUUGAUGCUCACAGUAACAACAGUGCCUGGGGUGGUGAGGAGUUUUUAGAGUGUUCAACCCAAGUGAGGAGUAGUCCUUGCAUGGAGCGUCCUGCCAGCCUGGCCCCUGCACCGCCCUGUUCCACUGAAGGCUCAAACGAUCACAGCCUGGCUCUGGCCCACGAAAAGGCCUUUCUCGAUGAUGGCUAUCGCUUCAACAACUGCAACCGGACACCUGCCAGCUACAAGGAGCGGCUGGAGCAGACGGUAGAACGCUGCGCCCACAUUAACGGCGCCACCCCACACUUCAACACCAGGGGUUACGGAGAAGUUCUGGGCCCCCCACGGCAGGAGCUAACGGGGGACGACCAGUCGCCCAGCUCCUCCACCAGCCUGGAGGGACCUCUGGCUACAGCCAAAGACUACAGCCACUACAACGGCCACUUCAACGGGAUGGCGCCCAGCCCCUCUGACACAAAGAGCCUGAGCAGUGAGGAGGACCUGCGGCAGCCGGACUCUCCCUCCUCGGAGCUGCUUCACUACCGGUCCAGGACCUUUAACAUGGGAGAGCUGGUCUGGGGCCAGCUGAAGGGCUUUCCACCCUGGCCCGCCAAACUGGCUGGGGACGAACAAGUGCACAGUGCUGCUCUACAGCUACGCGAGCAGGCCAAGGUGGAGCCAGAGAAGCUUAAAACACUAACACACGACUUGGAGGCACUUGACCGGGCUGCCAAAAGAGGCCUGAAACCGGGAAAACUGAAUAAUCACUUGGAAGCUGCUAUCCACGAGGCCAUGAGCGAGCUGGAUAAAAUGUCGGGCACAAUCCCAUCGAGGGAUCGUCAGGUGAAGCUCCCCAAGCCUAAGAGGAGGAAGAUAUCCAGAUAACAUUGAAUGUGUCGGCCCAAGAACGUCCUCAAAGCCUUUUCGGAGACUUCGUUCCGUUCAGCCUUGAUGCGAUCUGAGCUCUCUAACAGGUGCUACACAUGGACUAUUCAGUGGUACAUCGUUUGUUCCAUGGUAUCAACUUGACUUAAUGACUGACCACAAGAAGGUGCUGGAAAUUCCGAUCACCAAUACAGUUUUAACUGUAAAAAAACUAAACGAAAAAAUAGAGGAAAACAUCCAAACGGUUGCAAUUUGUCUACAGCUCACUGAAUUAACUAUUUUUUUCUAGUAUAAGAUAGUAAAACAAACAAAAAAAGCUACGAGCAUUACCUUACAUAUUUAAGAAAAUAGACAGUCCAAAUAUUUCUGAUACAUUUUCAAUAUGUAUAUAGAUAAUCCUGAAAUUUCAUGCUAUUAAGAAUUGUAUGUAAAUAUUGUACAAUGUCAUGUACAAGCGUACCUAAUGCACAUUUUAUCUUUUAUUGUACAAAAACAAAGCAGAAGAAGUGUACCAAUGUCUUGGUUUCUAUUCAGAAGUGCGGUUGCGUACGGCCGCAUGCAUAGGAUAAAUAAGAUUACAGCCUAAAGCUUUUAUAUGAUGAACCGUAAGACGUGCUGUUUUUGUUUUUUUUUUGGUUUUUUUUUUUUUUUUUUUCUUUCCUUUUUUUGUAAGGGAACAGCAGUGGAACAGGCAUGAGUUUGAGUUCUCCAUAGUCACUUCACACCAGUUAAGUGUUCAGUUGUAUUUGAGAGAAAAGAUGUAAAAACAAAAAAACAAAAAAAAACCCAGAAUGAACUUUACCAGCUGAAAGUGUUCAGUGUUUUUCCCCACCACCAGCCGGACCUGUGUUGGUAAAUUUCAGCGUUACAAAAUGGUCUGGGGUCGUCCGAUCACUGUAACCGACUAAAUAUGGUUCUCCACGUCCACCCUCAGACCACAGUGUUUUGUCACGUUUGGUGCAUUUCAGGAAUUAAUGUAAAAGCUUUCAGAGAAUUCAGACAUGUUGCUUUACUCCUGACGUUUGAGUUUUACAUUAAACCCAGAAGAGAUGACUUUUUAAAUCUGAAUAAAAAAAAAAAAAAAGAAAACCCUAAGAUUCUCAGUUUACCUUGAGGACGCAGACAGUGAUAAAUGUUAUGUAUAUAUAUCAGGCCCUGAUCAGAUCUGAAUUUCCAUGUGUCCUGAGUGGUCCAACCAGAUGUAAACACACUCCAACAUGAUCUUAUAGUCAGUGUUUGUCAUGUUUUUUCAACAGUGUUAAUACAAAUCCGUCCUGCAAUGGAUUGAAGGACCACCUUGUUAGCUUAGAUGCUUAAAGUCGUCGUCUAAAACAUUUUUUUUUUCAGAAUCUCACCCUUCGAAGUGAUAUUGUUAGUACUUCAUAUCCUUAUUUUCUCAUGGCAGAAUAGAAUAUUCACAGUUCAGAGCUUUACAAACAUGUUCCAGUCAGAAUAAUUAAGCUGCUGGACCUGAAAAUUAGUGGAAAAGGCUAAAUUUAGA